CUUCCUUGCUCGCCUUUUCUUUAGGGCCUCCAACGGUGGAGCCGGAAUAAACUCCGGCCACUGCGGCCGGCGUCCGCAGGGAAUUCGAUACUUCUCUCCUAUAUACUCACGCUACCUUCCACCUCCCCACUUUACUCCCCUCGCCUUCGUCGCCUUCGUCGCCACCAGCCAGCAGCCAAGAUGGUGGCGGAGGCGUGGACGCAGGUGCUGCUGCCGCCGACGGCGCCCUGCUUCUCCGGGCAGCCGUCCUGCUUCUGGCAAGACCGGCACGCGGGUUUCGGAGGGAGAUGGGACGAGUGGACCGCGGUGGAGAACAAAUUGUUCGAGGAGGCGCUGGCGCGGGUCGACCGCAACGCGCCGGACCGGUGGGAGAAGGUGGCGGCGAUGCUGCCGAGGAAGACGGUCGUCGACGUGGUGAACCACUACAACGACCUCGAGAACGACGUCGGCUACAUCGAGGCCGGGCUCGUGCCGUUCCCGCACUACAGCGGCUCGCCGCCCUCGUCCGGGUUCACCCUGGAGGACUGGGGGGACGGCGGCGACGGCGUGUUCAGGCGCGGCUACUGCCUCAAGCGCGCGCGCGGCCCGGACCAGGAGCGCAAGAAGGGCGUCCCCUGGACGGAGGAGGAGCACAAGUUGUUCUUGAUGGGGCUGAAGAAGUACGGGAGGGGGGACUGGAGGAACAUCUCGCGCAAGUACGUGACGACGCGGACGCCGACGCAGGUGGCGAGCCACGCGCAGAAGUACUUCAUUCGGCUCAACUCCGGCGGCAAGGACAAGCGGCGCUCCAGCAUCCACGACAUCACCAUCGUGAACCUCCCCGACGAGGACCGCGGCAGCGGCUCGCCCUCGCCCUCGCCCUCGCCGCCGUCCGCGGCCACCAACCCCCCCUCCGCCGACCAGUUCGGCGCCCUCGUGGACGUGAAGCCCUUCGCGCCGCCGCUCGGCGCGGCGCGCGCGCACCCCUACGGCAGCGUGAAGCUGGAGCCCAAGGGCGCGCUCGUGGCCGGCCUCCUCGGCUUCGACGACUUGGUCCUCCUGCAGAUGCGAUGCGCGGUGGCGGAGCAGUUGUGACGGGCGGCUCGUAGCGCGGCGAGAGCCGCGCGGAGGAAAGGACGGCGUCAGGAUGGAACGCGCCAGGUCGCAGGCCGUCGUGCUAGGCUCUCGGUUGGUUGCGGUUGCCGAGUCGGUUGCGUCUGGGGUAUCAGUCAGAGCUCAGAUGGCAUGGCGCGUCCCGUGUGAAGAUGGCAGUGACGGAGCCGGAGCGACCUCCCAGGAGCUCCGUGCUCACCGCGAAUCGAGAGGCGGCCACGGGCGUGCCGUUCCAUUCGAGCGUCCCAUGUCAGUUCAGUUCAGUGUACAUAGAUUCAACCGCGAGUACAGGGCCCAAGAAGUCCCACCGUACCGAAUAAGCAAGCAUCCGAUGAUGAGGCCUUUUGGGUGUGUUUCCAGCGUCACCGGCGGCUUGGAUCAGGAUUAUUCAGGAUCACCGGGUCUCUCAAGAUUUCUGUACCGGCCUGUUACUGUAAUGUUGGUGUGUAAUGGUAGCGCUCCUGUCCGGUGGCGAUGUGGGGUGGCACCUGGGCAGAGUGUGUGAUGCUUGUAUGGUCUCUCGCAAGGUUUUUGUCCGCCAAUGUUGCACUGCCGUCAGAAGUCCAGAUCUGCUCAGCUCUCGCUGACUUUCCCAA